AUGCAGAUGAUCUUGUCACUCUUUGCCAUUCAUUUCUGUGCAAACCAGGACUGGCUGAUACUACAUAUUCCAGAUGCUCAUCUUUGGGUGAAAAAUUGCCGGGAACUUCUGCAGUCCAGCUACAACAAACAACGCUUUGAUCAACCUUUAGAGACUUCAACCUGGCUAAAGAAUUUCAAAACUACAAAUGAGCGCUUCCUGAACCAGAUUGCCCCAGAGGAAUUAGCACUUGUUCACAACCUGAGGAAAAUGAUGAAAAACGAUUGGCAUGGAGGCACCAAAGAAAAAUUUGUUUCUCCCUAG